GUUCCUUUCUCGUUCCUUCGCUCUUCCUUCGAGCCACCGAGCUGCCAUCUGCCCACGUGGUCUUUAGACUGUAUUUCAACAAUGGGCUUUGGUGAUUUGAAAACAUCCACAGGCCUUAAAGUCUUAAAUGAUUUUUUGGCAGACAAGAGCUAUAUCGAGGGCUUUGUACCAUCCCAGGCUGACGUUGCUGUAUUUGACGCCCUGUCUGGUACUCCACCUGCAGACCUGUGCCAUGCCCUUCGGUGGUACAACCAUAUCAAGUCUUACCAGAAAGAGAAGGCCAGCCUCCCAGGAGUGAAGAAGCCUCUGGGUCAGUAUGGUCCUGCCGGUGUCGAGGACACGACCGGUGGUGCUGCUCCUGUGAAGGAAGAGGAGGAGGAUGACGACCUCGAUCUGUUUGGUUCUGAUGAAGAGGAGGAUGAGGAGACCAAGAGGAUCAAGGAGGAGAGACUAGCAGCCUACAAUGAAAAGAAGUCUAAAAAGCCAGCCCUUAUCGCCAAGUCUUCCAUCCUUCUGGACGUCAAGCCUUGGGAUGAUGAAACCGAUAUGGCCAAACUUGAAGAGUGUGUUCGCAGCAUCGAUUUAGACGGCCUGGUUUGGGGCCAGUCCAAACUCGUGCCUGUUGGAUAUGGCAUUAAGAAGCUGCAGAUCGCGUGCGUGGUGGAAGACGACAAAGUUGGAACUGAUCAGUUGGAGGAGCUCAUUACUGCUUUUGAGGACUUUGUGCAGUCCAUGGACGUAGCUGCUUUCAACAAAAUUUAAAAUGUCUCAGUGAAAUGCCUUGCACAAUAAAAUAGCACUUGAAAUUGG